AUGGACAGAGAUGGUGAAAAGAAGUUAAAAUCUUCUGUCAGGAGAGACGGGCCGAGAAAAGGCUCCGACCUCCGAGGUAAAAAAGCAGGAGCGGCGUGCCAGGGCGUCCCGAAGACCUGCGCCCUGCUGGAGAGGUACACUGAAGCUACAGGCUGCAAGAGAGGACAGAUUAAGUUCUCUGUGAUGCAUCCAGGGACUCACGUGUGGCCUCACACCGGUCCCACUAACUGCAGACUGAGGCUGCACCUCGGCCUCGUGGUCCCCAAGCAGGGCUGCAGGAUCCGCUGCACCGACCAGACCAGGGAGUGGGAGGAAGGUAGAGUCCUCAUCUUCGACGACUCCUUCGAGCACGAGGUGUGGCAGGACGCCGACCGCUACCGGCUCAUCUUCAUCGUGGACGUGUGGCACCCGGAGCUAACGCCGUACCAGCGCCAGACGCUCAGUCCCAUCUAGACGCAGCGAGGAGCGGAGGAACCACGGCGACCCGGUAAGAACGGGGUCACCGCCCGAUGGGACGCGAGUGCAGAUGUGAGUCGCUCACAUUUAAAAGGUUUAC